UUUUGUACUUGUUACUUUGAUACACUUAAAUGCGAAUUUGUUAUACAGUAGCAGCAGCUGCUGCUCUACUUCCUUUGGCCAUUGCCAGAACAAUCCACACCAAAGUAGCCAUUAUGGGUGGUGGAGUCAGCGGCAUUAGCGCUGCACGUAAUCUGACAGCUGGUGGUGUGGACGAUUUCCUGAUCAUUGAGGCGCGAGACGAACUCGGUGGUCGAGCACAAAACACCGACUUUGCAAAUAUCAAGGUCGAGGUAGGGUGCAACUGGGUGCAAGGGUUGGGCACUAAUCCGAUCAAUAUACUGCGCAAGAAGUAUGGACUGGAAACUGCCGCCAACGAUGGUGCCAAUGUUGUCUUUUAUGACGACACUGGCCCAGUAAACUAUACCGAAGCUUUCAACACCUAUGGAGAUGCAUAUGAUCGCAUGUCGGAACUUGCUGAUAAACGCGUGGAGAAUGGUCAGGUCGACAUUUCAGCCCGUGUUGGACUCGAUUUAGCCGGAUGGUAUCCGCUUACGCCAUUGGAGCGGGCGGUUGAAUACUAUAACUUUGACUGGGAAUACGGCGAAAACCCUGAAGUCAGCAGCUUGUUGCAUGGCAUUGAAAACGAUGAAAACAGCUAUGGCAACACUGCUUUUGGUGAAGAUAGCGACGGCGACUUGUUUGUUGUUGAUCAACGAGGUUUCAAACACAUCUUUUUAGAAGCAGCCAACGAGUUCUUGGAGAAAAAUGAUUCGCGUGUUCUUCUAAGUACCAAGAUUACCAAGGUCGCUUAUGAUGUAAAUGGUGUUACAAUUUACACAGACUCGGAUGUUACAAUAAAAGCUGCUUAUGCUAUCAGCACAUUCUCUGUUGGUGUAUUGCAGCACCGCGAUGUCGAAUUUAGUCCACGUCUCCCUGAUUGGAAAAUGGAAGGCAUUUACGGUUUUAAUAUGGCGACGUACACCAAGAUCUUUCUCAAUUUUCCUUAUCAGUUCUGGGAUGACAACCAGUACACCAUGUACGUCGAUCCUGACCGUCGCGGCUAUUUCGCAGCAUGGCAGAACCUGAAUGCUCCCGGCUUCUUUCCCAAGAACACAUCGACCAACGUCUUUUUCGUAACUGUCACCCAAGAUUAUUCGUACCAGGUGGAUUCCAUGGCAGAUGAAGAAGUUAAAGCCGAGGCUAUGAAGGUGUUGCGUUCCAUGUAUGGAUCAGAUAUUCCUGAAGCAACGGAUAUCCUCGUACCUCGCUGGCACAGCAACCCGUUGUACCGUGGCAGCUAUUCUAACUGGCCCAUUGGUGAAUUGGAUCAGCAUCACGUCAACAUGAAGGCACCAGUGCAGAACAGACUGUUCUUUGCGGGAGAGGCAAUGUCUAAGUCUUUUUAUGGAUUCCUCCAGGGAGCUUGGUACAGUGGAGCGGAAACAGCAUCUCAGAUUUUGCAAUGCAUUGACUCAGGAUGCGUUGAAAUAGAGUAUUAUCCUCUAAUUUUAAAGUCCAAAACGUACAUGAAGAAGCGUGGCCUUGUAAAAGCCAGUCUAAAUUAACUAUAUGCG